UGUUUGCGCGCGCCGCAAUGGCGUGUUAUAUAUUUUGACAAAUGUUCGCACACACAAUGCCUUAGCUGCGCCGCUAUCGAUGGCCUUUUUUUUGUUGUUAUCCUCGGCCGAGACGCAGUGGAAGAAACGCAGCCGCAAAAAAGGAUGAAGUUGCGAGCGACGCCGGUCUUGCUUUUGGGACUCGCUUUGGUCUUUUUACUCGCCCAACGAGCGCAGGCAAAAACAACGACGAAUACUCGUGCCGCUGCCAGAAGAGGUCCCAGAGCUCCUCGCCACUUGUCGCACAGAUCGAGACCCAUAAUCAUCGAGCACGAAGAGGAAGACGAGAAAGAAGACGACGACGACGACGACGACGACGAGGAGGAGGAGGAGGAGGACGUGGACAGCCUCGAGUGCGAAGUCGACAGGUGUCGUCGGGUCGGCAAAGUGGCCAAAAAAGCGUUUCGGGGCUUCGUCAAGGUGUCGGAUCUCGUCUACAAGUGGGUGCCCGUCAUCAAGGAUCUGCUGAGACGGCCCAAGCAUCAUCGCCAUACCGAGUCAUUCGUCAUACCGGCGGAAUUGUGCGACUGCUCGGACGAGUGCGAGUACUAUUGAUCGAUCGUCUAUGUAGUUUUUAGAAUUUUUGUACGGAUUUUUUUGUAAUAAUAAAAAUUAUUCACCAAAAACCAUUUAUUGAAAUUACUGCUUAAUCGAAGUCUCUUAUUUAUGAUUCAUUUUUUAUUUGCGUUGCUUCGUCGUUGCAAUUAUUACGUUACUUUUUACAGUUACGACGAAUGAGUAAAAAAAAAACAAUAAAAUUUGAA